GCAGAGUUGCGGCUGGGAUGACCCUCUGAGUCCCGAGUUACAGGAGCAAUGGCAGGAGUACAGACGCAAUCUAGCUGGAUUGGAAAACCUAACCGUUCCCCGCUGGGUAGGAACCGGCGGUCAUGCUACUACCAUCGAGCUACAUGGCUUCUGUGAUGCGUCAAACAAGGCGUACGGUGCUUGCUUCUACGUGCGAACCAUCUCCGAAACGGGGGAGGUGUGUGUGAGGUUGCUGACGGCGAAAUCACGAGUCGCCCCACUCGACAACCUGAAAAAAGGGAACAAGCGUCUCUCGACCCCACGGUUGGAGUUAUCGUCUGCGUUGCUGCUAGCCCACCUCUUCGAAAAGGUCGUGAGCAGCCUUGGCAUACGUGCAAGGUGCUUCUUCUGGACGGACUCAACCAUCGUCAAGUGUUGGCUAUCGUCGUCGCCGUCAAGAUGGAAGCAGUUCGUCGCAAAUAGGGUUUCGGAGAUUCAGCACAUAACGAAGGACGGUGUCUGGAAUCACGUUGCUGGACUGCAGAAUCCGGCGGAUAUCAUUUCCCGCGGAAUGGCUCCCGUACAGCUGCAAUACGAAUCGCUCUGGUUCAGUGGGCCGUAUUGGCUGAGGUCGGACGGAUGCAACUGGCCAUCAGCCCCACCGAUCAGCGAAGACGAAUUCGAUCCGGUGGAUCUCGAGGUCAAGACCGUCUCGGCAGCACUUCCAGUCAUCCAACCAAGCGAUAUCUUCAGCCUCCGAUCAUCGUUCAGCGACCUCCAGCGCCUCACUGCCUGGAUAUUACGAUUCCGCUACAAUUCGCAAUCGGCAAACCGAAGUACGCGACGCCAAGGAGCCCUCACGAAACUAGAACUCGAAGAAGCGACGAAGGUGUUGAUUUGCCUCUGUCAGCAAGAAAGCUUUCCGCAGGAGUUGGCAGACCUGACGAGCGGCAGAGAAGUUAGAGAAUCGUCGAAGAUCCUAGCUCUAAACCCGCAACUCGAAGACGGAAUACUGUGCGUCGGCGGCCGGCUUCGUCACGCGUCAAUCACGAACCGCCGCAAGCAUCCGUACAUCCUCGAUCAUCGACAUCCGUUCGCUUACAUCGUCGUCGCGCACUACCAUCGAAAGUUGCUGCAUGGCGGACAACAACUGAUCAUUUCGACCGUCCGAGAACGUUUCUGGCCGACAAGCGUCCGGAAUCUCGUGCGGAAGGUGCUUCACGAGUGCGUGCCCUGUUUUCGAGUCAAACCCAAGAUCCAGGAUCAGCUCAUGGCUGACCUUCCACCGGAAAGAGUCAUUCCUUGUCCACCGUUUCAGCGCGUAGGAGUCGAUUACUGCGGCCCGUUUCAAGUCGCUUACCCGCACCGACGUUCUCGGCCAGUGAAGAUCUUCGUCGCCGUCUACAUCUGCCUCGUUACCAAGGCUGUACACUUGGAGCUAGCGGCAGACUUGUCCGCUCAAGGUUUCAUUGCGACCUUGAAGCGCUUCUCCUCCCGGCGUGGCAAGCCGGAGUUAAUCAUGUGCGACAAUGGCAGAAACUUCGUUGGAGCGAGACGUCAACUAGACGAACUUCGUCGGCUGUUCAUCAACCAGCAAUUCCAGUCAGACGUAGUCAGGGAAGCGAACGAGGAGCAGAUAGAAUUCCGCUUCAUCCCAGCGCGGUCGCCAAACUUCGGCGGACUGUGGGAGUCAGCAGUCAAAUCGUUCAAGCUGCUGUUCAAACGGACGAUCGGCACGCACACGCUCCUGUACGACGAGAUGGCAACGAUUUUGGCCCAGGCGGAAGCAGUUCUGAAUUCGAGACCGCUGACGCCGCUCAGUAAUGACCCGGACGAUUUCGAAGCGUUAACUCCCGGGCAUUUCCUCAUUCAGCGUCCCCUCACGGCCAUUCCGGAACCAGAUCUGGAUGGAAUUCCCGAGAAUCGACUGUCAGCCUUCCAAAAGGCUCAACGGUACACACAGCAGUUGUGGAAAAACUGGUCCAAGCUUUACCUGUCGGACCUCCACAAUCGGACAAAAUGGACUGUACGUCGGAACAACGUUGCAGUAGGGACCAUGGUGGUUCUGAAGGAUGAAGAACGACCGCCUCUGAAAUGGCAGCUCGGCCGGGUGACAGAGGUUCACGCUGGCGAAGACGGGAAUGUGCGGGUUGUAACGGUUAUGACCAAAGACGGCAGCUACAGCAGAGCAGUAUCGAAGAUCUGCGUGCUGCCCAUCCGUGACAAUAUUGUAUCGUCAAACGGGGAGAACUAAGUCUCCUCCACCGGCGGAGGUCGAAUUCAUCGGCCUCCGCAUACCAAUUCCAAUCGAGCCCGUCAAACGUACCCCUGUCAUUCGAGGUCUGUAUAGUUUCGGUGGUGGUUAGAUGUUGCAUGAAAUGAAGUUCGUUCAGCAUGAAUGCUCCAGCGGCGUCCAACGCCAGCGCUCCGGCGCCCUGUUAGUCUCGUACUAUAUUUAGUACCAAAUUUGACUCUUUGAGGUAACCUGCAACCGUAUCUGGUAGAGGACAGAAGUGCACAUUCUGCCCUUGGCGCGCUACAAGUGAUCGUCAUCUAGCUUGGCCAGUGAGAUCGACGUUCGCAGUACGUAGCUUCGUCGAACCAGUAGCAGCUCGUAGGUAAUACUCAGAUAGUCAACGCAGCGAACAGUGAGAGGGAUUCCGAUGCCAGCCGGCGUCCGCGGAGGCCACGAUGGCCUCCGUUCCAGGCAAGUCUUUUUUUCAUUUGAUUAUAAAGGUAAAAAAGCACCCUCUCAUCUGUUCCAGCGAUAGCGAUCUUCAUGCAGCAUCACCACCGAAAUUGAUCAGCCGAGCAGCCGAAGUUCCGAUGGCAAACCGCCAUCCCAGCACGACAGUCCGUCGUCGCAGUUCCACUCAGCAGUUCCGACGGCAGUCCCGUCCCAGCACGACAAUCCGUCGUCGCAGAUCCGCAGUCACUAGUUCCGACGGCAGUCCCGUCCAAGCGCGAUGAAUCCCGUCGCCGAAGAUCACCAAUCAUCAGUUCCGGCGGCACAGUAACGUCCAAGCGCGACUAUCCGUCGCGGCAGUUUGCAGCCCAGUUUGUUCAGUAAAAUGUCGUCCAACACCGCACCACCAACCCAAAUCCAACGAAGCGUUCACCCAGUACGAGAGUGAGAGGGACAUCGGUACCGUCCGGUACCCGCGGAGGCCCGUUGGCCUCCGUUCCAGGGAAGUCUUUUUAUAAUGCGAUUAACAAGAUUAAAAAGCACCCUCUCAUCUCUUCCAGCAUUUGUAUUUUACUGAUCUCCACCAACAAUUGCAAGUUCCGACGGCAUCCGGCCGUCCCAGCGCGACAAUUCGUCGCGACAAUUGCAACAGCCAUCCGUACCAACGGCAUCCCGCUCGAUUCCGUUGUCCAGGGCGACAAUCCGUAGUCGCAUUUCCACCAAUCCAGUGGCAGGUGCAACAAUCCAUCCGUUCCGACGACUUUCCACCGUCAAGGGCGAUAUUCCGUCGUCGCAGUCCAGCCAGCACAUCCCAUGGCCAUCGCCAGCAAUUCGUUAAACGUCCAUUGGGGCAACAAUAGAAGUAGAACCUGGAAGAAAACGUUCAUCAAUCAACUUGUCCAGCAGAAUCAAUCAACU